AUGCUCCUGCCCGUGCUCGAGCGCUUUGCUGAGUUUGGGUGGCAAUUGUUUGUCGAACCUGCCGAGACGUUCGAGUUCUUCUCCGUCUCUGGUAUCUUCCAACGUGAAAAUGUGGACGUUUCGCUGCAGGCUGAACACGCUGGCGCUCAGCUUCUCGUGCAGCGCUCUGCGCUCUUUGACGUGUGUCUCCAGAGCGGCUUGGCCCAUCUAAUCGUAGCUUAUAUCCGUGCUCACGAGGCUCCGGCAGAUCCUCAAAGCGUCUUUGUUGAUGCAAAGACUUACGUCUUGAAGGAGCCAAUUGCAGUGCAGCAAUGGGUGCGUCGUCGUCUUGAGGCGGUGGAGCACGACGUGACUCUAUUGAUAGCUCACGAGCAAGAAGAUCGCGUCCACGAAGCACCAGACACGGUAGUAAUAGAAGCCAUGGACGGUGCAUUGCGGAAACUGCAUGGCUUGCGUACGGUCCUGAUAGCGUUGCUCAAGCGAUUGAAAGAAGGCUCUCAUCAAGCCGCUUGUUACACCACAGGCGUUGAUGCUGAAGGCAACGUGCGAAAAGAGACGGAGCUCGCCCGCCUGACGACCCAAGGCAUUCAAAGCAUGUUGCACUUGCUCUGUCGCACACAUAGCAUGGCUUGUGCUUGCGACUGUAUACUUUGGCUACAUGAGAACAAUGUGGCGGGUGAGUGCGAUAUGUACAAUGAAUUCUACAGCGAAGCAAGAUCGUUGCGCGUUACGUACGGUGAACAGUUUGAAGAGAUUUAUGGCAACAAGCUGUCAUGUAGUAGCACCCUGAAGGAGCCGGUGUUGUUAAUUGAGCACGUGAUGAAAAGCGCAGGUAUACCGCUUGACGAACUUGGUGGAAGCUGCCCGCCGACACGUUUGAGGCAGCUACUUGAGGUCUUGCAAGCAUCCACCGUACAGGAAGAUGUUGUUCAGUACUACGGAGACGAAGUUGACAGCGAGCCGAUUGAAGAAUAUUUUCGGGUACGGGUGGCGUUGCUGUUGUAUUUUUGUUUGGACAGGGCCUAUUUGAGUGUGUGGAAACACCGCAUCGAAUGUGGCGCUCAAAUUGCAAAGAAAAUGCGUGCGUUUGCCGACUCGUUUGCGGCACAAUUGAGCGUGCGAGACGAUAUUAAGUUGACGUUGCUCGCUUUGUGGCUGGUGGAGAAUGCAGUCGUGGUGAAGACGUCAAGCGACGAUGAGGUGGCGGCUAUUUACGAAAAUGCUGUUGGUCUUUUGCAGUUGUCGAGUGCAACGCAUCUUCGUCAAACGUAUGAUCAGGACAUCGAUUUGAUUCUUUACUUGCUCGAGACAUUAGUCCACAGGGGUGAAAGGCUUGUUGCAUGGAAGGUGUGGAACACGUUUAACUUCGAUCUUACACAGUCUCCUCCCGCUGCUACGGACUUGAUGGUUGUCAUAUCGCUGGAGCUGGAUUCGUGGGAGCGUGCGCUGUCUUUGAUACGCAGUCAAAAACGUCCAGACCUACUAGAUGUGCUAUUUAACUGGUUGAUGAAAAGCCAUCGUCUGAAAGAGAUAGUUCAGUGCGUGACCUUCCUACCUGCAGAGGAAGAGCUGUUUCACACGUACAUGAUGGAGAGUAACGUCACAAAAGAUGAAGAUAUUCUCCGAGAUGAAAACAUCAAGCGCGUCGACUUCCUCGUGAUGUACUAUGUUUUAAGAAAUCGGCAUCAGCAAGCCUGGAAGGUUCACCAUACACAUCUGGCGAUAAUUCGAGCCAUGUCUCGUGGCGAUACCGAGAUCGCGAUGGCUACACUAAACCAACCAAGUUUGCGAGUCCGGGCAGCGUUACUCUCGAAUAUGUGCGCCGAACCUCCUUCAGAGUCGAGCUUGCACCAAAACAUUGACCUUAGUGCGCAGAUGGAAGGACGGCAGCACUUUACUAAUUCUGCUUUGUUUGAAAGUGAUGCGAUGGAAGACGUGUCCGAUCCUGACACACCGGCAUUGGCGACAUCAGCUUCAGUGGACUCGUGUUCUACUGAGGUCCGUUACGACGAAAAACGAGUUGCAUCGGCGGGCGCUUUUGUUUCUGCUCCAACCGACCACUCGACACAUUCCAAAGAAAUGGCGGAAGCUGGUGAGGUUGAUUACUUUCCAGGUAUGUUUUCGUCUCGACAACCCACUGGUACUCCAACUCGAUGUGUUAAAGCAUCAUCACCUCUUGUGACUGACGAGAAGACAUCGACACGAUCAAAAGACAAAGGAAGAGAGAAAACAACUUUCGGUGAUAUUAGUGUCGAGUCCAUCGACUCGAGCACGGACGUGUCGUUGAAUUUGUUGACCACGCCGAAUCCCAGGGCCACUGAUCCUACUGGGUCACAGGAUGUUGGGGACCAAGCAACGAAGUUUGGAUCGUCUCUGGCGAAGGCUUCCAGUGCAUCUUCUACCCCGCUGCAGUCUUUUAUGUCUCCGUUCGGCGAUCGUCGCCCACUUGGUACACCGCCUGUUCGAUCCAAGAUCCAUCCCACGUUCGCUUUCACAUCUUUGACCCCACCUGCCCCGAACGUGGCAGGCUCUACAGAUGACUUCUCGCUGAAGCCACACUACAUCGACGGAACGAACAGCAAUAGCUUUCCUGGCGAAACACAGGACCAUACCAUGGUGACCGCUGAUGCGCGUGGGAACCGUACGGCGCAGCAGACCUCGACGGCGGCUCCUUCCACUCCAGACUCCGAUGCUAUCAUGGAGACCCCGGAACGGUAUCAGUUUGUGCGCGAGCUAUCAACGAGUUUACGUGGAGAGUCUGAAUACAUGACGUCACGGGCGACAAAAGAACAAGUAGAAGGCAUGUUGGAGCUCGAGCGGGUUGACGACGAGUUCAGCACGCCCGUCUCCCGUCCAAAAGGACAACGAAAACAACCAGCGAGUGUCCCUGUGCGUCGCAACCCGCGUCGGUCCACCCGUCAGAAGUAUUGA